GCAAAUGCCCAAGGAACAUUGCAGAUGAUUCAGAACGCAGAAUACGAUAUAAUGGCACAAAAGGGUUUGUACAUGAUGAAGAAAGAUGAAAUAUUGAGAAAUUUUCAACUCAAAGAAAGUUUGAAAUUGAAAAGGUGCGAUUUAUUCAAGGCUUUAGAGAAAGCUUUCGUUGAUGAAUUUGGCCUAAUACAAUCUAGUGAUUUGUUGCCUGAAAUUGUCAGACAAUAUUUAGAUUUCAGAUAUUACACGUCCAGUGACCAUGUAUGUAGUAAAUGUUCAAAGAAGGAAAAAGGGGAAGUGGUCAUUCAUUUGGAAAAGAAUAAAAGUAAAGUCAGGUCUAGAAAUAUUGAAGUGGACGCAGAUAAGGAAACGAUUUCAAAUAUUCUCAAAAUAUUUCCUCAUGCUGUUACAUUUCACAAUUUCGAACUUGGUCAGACAUAUUCAAAAAAAGUGAAAAUUAUCAAUACCAGCCCGAUAAUACAGGCGGUGUCUUUGAAAGCGAUCCCUAGUUUACCCUGCUUCUCUGCAUACUUGGAACAAAAUUCUAAGUUAGCUCCUGGAAUGAGUGUUUCCGCUGUGGUGACCUUCAAACCAGAAUUAUAUAGAAAUUAUCAGGAUGAAGUUGUUCUCAAAAACGGAAAAGGUGAUACAUUCUCUCUGCCAAUUAACUGUUCCCGUGAUCUUCCGAGGCUGAUUACCUGUGUUCUGAAAUCCAAUGCAAACCUUCUGGAACCAAAGAAACCUGAUAAUCCGAAUUUUUCGAAGGAAAGACAAAGAGCUCUCAACUCCUCGUUAGACUGUGGCAGUUGUCUCGUAAGCCAGUACAAUUUGGUAUCAGUCAUUGUGGAAAACAAAGGAAUGUCGGGUAAAUUUUUCAUAAUUACUGAAGAAGAAUGGUUUCUGCAAGAUAUUCAGACUAUAUCCAACUGUAUGGAGCUUUUCGUCGGAGAUUUUUGGAUUUACCCAAAUUUUUUCGAAAUUGAUACCGAUGAGAUCAUAGAGGUAAACAUUAUAUUCCAACCAAUUAGGCCAGGACUGAACAUCGAAACCCUGUACGUCAUAUGUGAUAAUAAUUCUUUUCAACAAUUGGAAAUAAUGGGGGAUGCUGUGGAGUUUUCGAAAAAUUUCAUCAAGAUUGAUUUUCUCCCAGAUAACACCGACAUAUCCGAUGUUGACAACUUUUGCAUUUACUUUGGGAACAUAGAGAAUAAGUGUUCAAGAAAUUUUACACUGACAGUUCAUAAUAAAAGUCCUUUAUAUGUGGACUGUCUGUGGAAAUUUCGAAAUAAGGAUCUUUAUGGAAUACAUGAUUUACAAGAAAAUUGGAUAACGCAGAAAAAUGAAAAUCGAAGUCUGCUUCCUUAUAGCACGACAGAUUAUGAAUUCGAAAUUUUACCAGAUGCUUCCGCAAGUGGAUACCACAGUUUAUUCAUCAGCUUGUUCCUGCUGAAUAUUCCUUUGGCGAGUAUUUCGGAAUUUGAGACAUUCACGGUAAUCGAAAAAAGAGAUAUAUCCGGAAAUACAUUGAGUGAAGCAGUUGAUGUUCAAAUCACAGAACUUGAAAUAGCCUGCUCCAUAGACUUUCCUGUGGAAGUUAAUGAUCAACCUGAAAGUAUGAAAUGCAAAGAUCGCACCUGCGAGUCACUCGAACCAAAACUGUCAUUUUCCAACAUUUUUCUGCAUUUUGGUGUAAUUCCAACAGGACUAAAGCUACAAAAGGAACUGUGUAUCCAGAACAACGCUGACGAGCAAUCGCACUGGAUCAUUUUAGAAGUUAAGUAUAAUGUGGACAGUUCACCACAUUAUGAAGUAUUGCAGAAAGAAAAUUUGAGUUGUAGCUCUGGAAAAUUUACUGCAAAGGGGCAGAUAUCAUGUCUUAACUACAGUGUACAUAGUAAGGUCCCGAAGAGCUGGGUUUCCAUAUUGGUUCUUAUAUCAGUUAAAGAAAACGAAGAGUCCAAGAUAGAGUCGAUUUGUGUGGUCACUUAUGAAAUUAUUGAUUACGACAUCGCUAUAAACACAGGCCAAACAACCGCACCUAUUUUAUGUCCAUUGAAAUUAAUUCACGUUGGAGUUCCUAUAGAAAUGUUCUUCACCAUCGAAAAUCGCAGCCCUAUAACAGGUUGUUUUUACUUCCUAAAACCUACCGGGAGAGAUUGCGAUAAAGUAUCCAUCAAAUUAACACCAAAUUCCUCUGUACUGAAAUCGUUCGAGAAAAUGGACAUAUCUGCCACGUUGACUUGCUCAGAAAUAGGCAUUUUUGAAAAUGUAUUCGUUCCCUGUUUCGUGGGAAAAGGCCAGAAACCCAUCAUGCUCAGAGUCCUGUGUGCAGUGGAUGGCAUACACGUUUCUUUCUAUUUGCCCAACUAUGAAAAUGGUUACAGAAAACUGAUCUGGCCUCCAAAAGUUGUUUAUGAGUACGAUAACGAGGACUGGGGUAUUUGCCCAUGUGAACAGGUGAAAUUUGGGACGAGUUAAUCUGCAACGAGUACGGAAUCCUUGUAUUUCUUGACGUAGAGAAUGGCCCGCUUCCAAAAUAUGGUUCAGUUGGAAUAAACAUAUGGAUAUACGCAAACACUUUUGGAAUUUACUCAGAAGAAGUAAUGAUUGAAAUACCAGAAAUUCCCGCCUUCAGUUUCUCCUUGCUCAUUGAUGUUGUUGGAUGUCCUAUAGUUUUUCCAAUGGCAUUGAAUUCGCUAACAAAAAAUCCAAUUAUGAGAUUUGGAAGCUUUCCAUAUAGUUCAAGACCAAUCAGAAGACAAAUACGCAUAUCGAAUACAAGUUGUGUACCAGUCCACAUUAUUUGGAACACAUUCAUGGGCGUUUCUCAGGAAUCUGAUGACGAGAAUUUCAGUAUUUCCUUUGACGUUGUCAAUUACGAUUACAGUCCUGCUAGGGGAGAUCUAUGUUUAUUCAAUGAGUACUUAGGAAAAAAUACAGAAAGUUGUGGGGUUGCAUCAAAAGAGACCGAUAUUGAACCAAAUUCGAGUGCUUACAUUGAUGUGUUUCUGAAGCCUAGAUAUUUCAUUGGAAAAAAACAACAAAUGGACUUGAAAUGGCAUAUCAUUGGACAUAUAUAUGUCAAGGAUUGGUAUAGGAGCAAGCUGAAUUAUUUCUACAGAAAAACUGGUUCGAAAGGAGAGUAUAUCCAGUUAGAUGUUGAAGCGACUUUGGAACGUGAACUUUUGGAAAAAGACGAGGUGUACGGAGACUCCAAGUUGAUUUUUUAUGCAAACGACGUGAUUUUCAAAAAAAUAUUUUUACACUAUAUACGUUUGGUUUUUCGGAACACUAAUCGGUCACCGUGCGAGGCCACGUUGAAGACUGUGGAUCCAUUUUCGAUGAGAAGUGAUAAAAAUGAAUUGAUUAAGGAAAAAAAGAUAAUACUCAAAACUGGUGGAUGCGAAGAGGUGAUUGUAAAUUGCUUCAUUGAUCACGAAAAAAUAUUGGCACUCAGCAAUUUAGUAUAUGAUAUACCAGAAAGUGAAGACAGCGACGAAAAAUACACCUCCAUGCCACAGAGUAGAAAAAGUAUUUACAAUACUGAAAUUUAUUGUGCCGAUAAAGAAAACAAGAUGCUUCAUAUUAGGAAAAAUUUAGAUAUGCAGUACAGUCAUCAUAUAGAAAAAAUUCCAAUAGACAUGUAUAUCCAUUUCCCCAAUAUAAUGGUCAAACCAGCAGUUGUGAAGUACGACAGUGUCUUACUGAACACUACUAGAAAGACUGUAGUAUCAGUUUAUAAUUUGACAGGCUGUGCCGUUAAAUUCGAGAUCUACAAGUCUUCUACCGCACAUGAUUUUUACGUUAUUCCUCAUUUCGGAGAAAUUCCCAAAAGUACAGGAAUCAAUAAACAAUUCACCGAUAUUUUCAUUUAUUUCACCCCAAGGGAAUGCAAAGCUUAUCAUGAAUCAAUAAGAAUCGUGACCAAUAUACCUAAUUAUUUUAUAGAGGUUCCUGUCAAGGGCACUGGUACAAUCAACGAAAAAUUUUACAUCAAUCAUAAAAUUUGAUUAUAUGUAUUGGUCAUGAAAAUAUUUGAAAAAUAUAUAAGU